AUGAAAGAACUUGGCAUCUCAACUGAAGAACUUUCUGAAAACCGACUGAUGAUUCAAGGAUUCAAUCAAGGGGGACAAAGGGCCAUAGGAGCUAUCAAACUGGAAAUCACCAUGGGAGAUAUGCAAUCAACUGCAUGUAUGUAUGUGAUUGAUGCAAAGACUUCAUACAACUUGUUGCUUGGUAGGCCGUGGAUACACGAGAACAAAGUUGUCCCAUCAACUUACUACCAAUGUUUGAAAUAUAAUAAAGAUGGAGUCGAAAAGAAGAUAGUUGCUGACGACAAACCGUUCGUUGAAGCCGAGGCAUACUUCGCUGAUACAAAGUUCUACUUGAAGAACCACAUCGUGAAGGGAGUAAAAGUUGAUGACAUCAUGAAGGCCAAAGAUGAUAAUAUCGUGUCCAAAAGGGUUGAAGUAGCUUCUGGUGAAGAUAAAGUUACAAUAGAAGCAUACCAAGUUUCAAAAGCUCACAAACAUAAUGCUGCAACUGCAUGCAAGAAAAUAGCUCCUUUAUUUCGUUACGUCCCAAAAGUGAAGAAAGAUGAAGGAGAACCAUCAAGCCUCCAAAAAGAGGCUGGAUAUGAUCCCAACGAACCGUCUAAGCUAGGGAAGCUCCCACCUGAAGCUACUAAGAAAGCAAACACGAUGAAGAAUAAGGAGCAUGUGGCGAAGCAAUCACGUAAGGGUCUGGGUUACAAACAACCCCCACCAGUUCGCAUUUCCAUUAGAAGAGCAAGUAGUAACUAUAUCACGAUGGAAGAUGAACACGUUGAUCCUAAUAAAAGGCCUUCUGUAUUUGAUCGACUUGGAGAACCAACUACAAGAACUUCUGUAUUUGAGAGGUUGGGGCCAUUGAAAAGGAAGAAGAACAAGUCCCAAAGAAAUUAUGAAAAAAUAAGAAGACCUUUGCCAUCUAGAGUCCAAAGUAUCUCAAAAGAGUGUCAAAGCCUGAUCCCUUCCAGAGUGAGGCGACAAUCAGAACUUUUGAUUUCAUACGGAGAGGUACUCAAAGUGAAGACUCGCACAGUGAUCCACACUAGAGAGCGUGACGUAGAUGAAAAAAAUGUAGGAUCUGCAUAUCACAUUACUGCGAAUGAGGAGCAAUACACUUCAUUUCUAAGGAAGGUCGACGAAAAUUUGGGAGAUGCCUCUUUGUGUGGCCAUAUAUCUUUUAAUGACGGUGAUCCCCAAGAAGACGAAGAUAUCGAGGAUGCUCUUUCGGAACUAGAAGAAGGAAUUAAAAUGACAGUUGACGCAUUGAAGGAAGUCAACCUUGGCACUGCAGAAGACUCCAGGCCCACCUAUGUAAGUGCCCUACUAACCACAUAUGAAGAAAUCACUUAUGUGGAGCUACUCAAAGAAUAUAGAGAUGUCUUUGCUUGGAGCUACAAAGAGAUGCCUGGUUUAGAUCCUAAAGUAGCAGUCCAUCAUCUCGCGGUCAAGAAAGGAGCUCGUCUUGUUAAGCAAGCCCAAAGAUGCUUCAGGCCAGAAUUGAUCCCAUCAAUCGAAGUUGAGGCCAAUAAACUCAUCGAAGCUGGUUUCAUUCAGGAGAUUAAAUAA